UCGCCAUUACGCGAAGCGCAGUUCUAGUAGAGUCGACGGAACGGAAGUAGCGACGACGAAAGAGAGAAGGAAACGACGCUCCGAGCUGCGUAUUUCUCGCAUUCACGUUCCCGAAAAAUCGCCGCCUCUGGACUUCUUUGUUCUACUUUCUCUGUCCCCAAAUUGCAGGAUUUUCAACGGCGAAGCGAAUUUCGCUGGUUGAAAAGCCGGGCAACAACAGUGCGCUUUGAUUAUUAUGGACGACGUCAAGCAUCAUUUGCUACCUUACACACAGAAGCGGAGUGGAAGUCGCAGUGCAAGUCCAAGAAGAUCAAGAGCCGACGACGACAUGCAGGAAUCACGUUCACAUUCAAAGUCAAGCAAGUACCGGGAGCACAAGGAAGGCCACAGGGCCAUGAAGAACUACUCAAGGUCACGCAGCCACUCUGUCACCCGCAGUCGCAAGUCAUACCGCAGCUCCAAGUAUGAGGGUCGCAGAGGUGGCAGCAGAAGUCGUAGUCGCUCACCCUAUAGAGGUCGUGCUUCUCGCAGCAGAUCUCGAUCUUACUCCAGAUCUCGUUACUCAAGGGAUAGAAACAUGUAUACCAGAUCACACUCAAGAAGUCCAAUGUCCUCCAGAAGACGUCAUGUUGGAAACAGAGAUAAUCCUACUCCAAGCCGGUGCUUAGGUGUCUUUGGUUUAUCAAUCUGUACCAGUGAACAAAGUCUUUAUCAUAUCUUCUCAAAAUAUGGACCUGUGGAGCGCGUAGUCGUUGUCAUUGAUGCAAAGACAAAGCGCCCAAAAGGAUUUUGUUUUGUGUACUUUGAAUCACUGGAAGAUGCAAAGGUAGCUAAAGAACAAUGCAGUGGAAUGGCAAUUGAUGGACGACGAAUCAGGGUGGAUUAUUCUAUCACAGAACGGGCUCACACACCAACCCCAGGAAUUUACAUAGGCAAACCUACACAUGUCUGCGGUGGCGGCGGCGGUAGUGGUGGUGGUGGCGGCGGUGGUGGCGGCAGUGGUGGCUGGGAUGGACAAAGAAGAAGAGAUUACAACAGCAGAGGAAACUACCGUCGUUCGCCAAGUCCUUAUUACUCAAACCGACGGCGCUCCUCGCGUUAUGAAAGAUCCAGAUCACGCUCCUACUCUCCACGUAAGUCAAAUCGCCAAUCAACAAAUAAAGCUUCGUAUAAAAAUUCAGGCAGUGUACAUAGACAUGAACAGUCGUGGAUGUAAAAAAAUUUGUUUUUACAAUUUCUGAAUAUUUUUCUAAGUAGUACAAUAAAAAAUGUAUUUCUUUUAAGCAAAGAAAAAAUAGAGUCUCACUUAAAGAGAAUAUGUUUCCUCAAAAAGCUUCUCAUUAAAUUGGUAUGUUUUUGUAAACUGCCAAAAAUAGUUUUAAAGCAAAAGUGGAAAUGAAAUGGAAAUGAUUGUGGGAGAAAAUGUCUGAAUAAAAGAAUGUGUGCAUGGAAGGGAGAGAAUGAAAGAGAGGAAAAAAGUUAAAGAAUGCUAGAUGGAGAAGAGGGGAAAAAACGUGUAAAACAUGCAAUAAUUACUAAGCACAACUCCCUAUAACCUGGAUGAGAAAAUUAUUUUUUUCGUUGCUUAAUGGAUUUCAGGUCGAUAUUAAGUGAGACGGGUUUGAUGCGAGAGGCCAGGUGUUGGGAGCCAUUUGUGUGACAUGAUCCUUUGACCCAACCUGACCCUAUUUUCUUCUACCUAUGUACACUCAGGGUCAUAAUUAUACAAACUUCACAUUCUGUCGCUAUUCUUACCUUCCUAUGCAAUGUGCUCAAUGUUUGGCACACACUACGUUAACUUAAAAACGUAAAUGGAGUUUUCUAAACGAUCGAUGUGAACUUCUAUUUUUGCAUAAAAUAGAAAGGUCAGAAUGGACAAAUAUAUCCUUAUUUUCACAUGUCGAGUUUCCAUUUUUAUAAAACUAGAAUUGUCAAGUUAAGAUAAUAAAACUGAAUUCAUUAUUAUUGUGUAAUCUGGAAAACUAUGUAAAAGUUGGAAUAUAGCCGAUCAAUUAUCCUACUUUGAUUUGUUUAUAAAUUUGUUGAUAUUUUAUUACUUGACAAUUGGUCGUGUUAAUAUUCCAACUCUCUUGCGUUCAAUAAAUACUGUACCAGUUUACAACAAGAUGGGUUUCAAUUGCGAAUUCUUUUGGUACAUAAUGAUUAACAGAAAAGAAAACAAUUUAAAGUAAUAUUAUAUAAGGCACUUCAGAAACAGACAAACAAUAAAUAAAUAUAUAUAUCAAUAGAUGUAGGCUCUCUAACAUGUUUCUUUGUUUAUAAGGUUUUGAAUCAAGAGGUAUUGGAUGAUAGAGGGAAGUUUGCAAGUUUCACUCGCUCAGAAAGAAAGAAUAUUAAGAAAGAAUAUUUUUGAACGAAAACAAUCGAAGACGAGAUUAAUGAAGAUCUUAGCUCUUGAAUUAACGAAGAUUCUUCCAAAGGUUUUCGCGCGCUUCUAGUACGUGAGAAAGAAUAUGAUCAGCUCCAAAUACCGAAAUGAUUCUAUUCCCGGUCGACAAAGAAAUUCAAGUUUCGAAGUCUUUGAAGAUCCACAAGCUUCAAAAUCAAGUCAAGAAUGAAAUGAAAUAAUGGGGUUGCUGAAAGUUGAAGUUCUAUGAAAGGGGAUGAAAAAUACAUUGAAUGAUAGAUAAAUAACGGAGAAAACCAAUAGUCAAGAUUCAUCAAAAUCUUUUUAUUUAUUUUACAUAGGUAGGGAGCAUAUAGAGCUUUAUAUAACUUCAUACGAUCAUAUUCUUUAUCAAUCUUCUAUAAUUUUUAUACUUCAAAUUUGUUCACUUUUACUAUACUUGUUUAGAACGCCAAUUAAUUUUCAAAAAAGAUUAAACUCGCCCAAAUAAUCCUCCCUCCACCAUUCCAAACCUCAGUUUCCUCAUAACUUUUAAUAGUUCUUUUCCAAUACUUGCAAAUCGUAAAAAAGACUUUACAAUUUGCUGACUAUACUAAUUUACGCAUUUGUUGAAUUUCCUGGUUAUAGAAAUAAUUUUAACAAAAAUAAUUUGUAAACUCUUAUCAUUAUUUUCAUUAAGUUUAACUUUCAUCAUUACUUUUUCAUUCUGAAAAUUUGAGAAAUUUUUAAUUAAUCAAUUUAUUGUUGUUGAAAAUUUUAAUAUUUUUAAUCUAGAAAUUCAACCAUUUCUUUUCCUAUCUUUUACCAUUACCACAUGAAAAGUACACAUCUAUUGAUUACAGGUAUCCUUUUAUUAUCUUUACUUUAAAAAUAUCAAGACAGAACAUCAAGAGCUUGCUGAAAUUUGUAAAUUGCAAACUUAUUUUAACUGAAUUUCAUAAAUUCGCUACCUUUUAAUAUUUAUGAGAUUCAUAAAUAAUUUCAACUUGAAAGCUUAUGAAUAAAUUUCAUUGCAUAUAUCUUUUUUCUUCAUUAUUGAUUACUAUCCCUAACUUUGAAUCAAAAACAAAUUUUGUCAUCAAGAUAGUUAUAGUGAUCUUUCUUUAUUAUAUAGUAUUCAAAUUUACAUUGUUUUCUAAAAUAUCUUGCGCGUAUAGUUUUUUAAAUCCCUUUCGAAUGAGAUCAAUCUAAUUUUUCACAACUACAUUUCUUGGAUUGUAAAUUUGAAACAAUGUAGCCUGUGCAUUUUUUGUUCUCGGUCAUUGGUUAAUAAAGCCCAAAGAAGUGACUGAAGUUUCGGUGUCUCGAUACUUAAGUACCAUAAGUGUAUAUGACAAAUCAUAUUUCGCGCGUUAUUUUAGAAACUGAUUGGAGUGCCCUCUGUAAGCAGGAUAAUGACCUAAUAUAUAUAAAUAUUUUGCGCUGUAUCUGUAUCGAAUUUAGAGGUUAGGAAUUAAAUGUAAGCAAACAAUUGAAUAAAGUCAUCUUUGCAAAUCAAA